CGCGGGGUGGGCGGGGCGAGGCCGCUGAGUACUAGAGGGGCUCGGUCUCGUAGCCCACAGGUGCUUCGGCCCUGCCUGGCUCUCCAUGGCUCCGCGGGGCUGGGGGUGCUGGCGCUGGGCUGCGCGGCCGCGGGCCCGGCUGCUUCCCGGCGCCGCCUUCCCCUUAGGCUUCCGACAGCUGCUCUCCACCCUGGAGCUGGCCCCUCACAUCUGCGUGGUGGGCAGCGGCCCAGCUGGCUUCUACACCGCCCAGCACCUGCUGAAGCACCAUCCUCGUGCUCAAGUGGACAUCUAUGAGAAGCAGCUGGUACCCUUUGGUUUGGUCCGCUUUGGAGUGGCUCCUGAUCAUCCGGAGGUGAAGAAUGUUAUUAACACGUUUACCCAGACUGCCCGCUCUACUCGAUGUGCCUUCAGAGGCAAUGUGACUGUGGGCAGAGAUGUCUCUGUGUCAGAGCUUCGGGAAGCCUACCACGCUGUUGUGUUGAGCUAUGGGGCAGAGGACCACAACAUCCUGGGCAUUCCAGGUGAGGAGCUGCCAGGUGUAAUCUCUGCCAGGGAUUUUGUGGGCUGGUACAACGGGUUACCUGAGAACCGCAAGCUGGCACCUAACCUGAACUGUGAUACAGCACUGAUUCUGGGACAAGGGAAUGUGGCUCUGGAUGUGGCCCGGAUCCUACUGACCCCAACAGAGCUCUUAGAGAAAACAGACAUCACUGCAGAAGCGCUGAAGGUGUUGAAACAGAGCCAAGUGAAAAGGGUUUGGAUUGUGGGACGCAGGGGACCCCUGCAAGUAGCCUUUACUAUCAAGGAGCUCCGAGAGAUGAUUAACCUACCUGGGAGCCAGCCUCUUUUAGACCCUGCAGAUUUCUCAAGCCUAGAAGAAUCGAUCAAAGAGGCUUCCCGUCCAAGAAAACGGCUAUUGGAGCUUCUGGUACGAACAGCCCGGAAGCCACCAGAGCCUAAGGCUGAUAGCAAAGUCACGACCCCUCGAGCCUGGGGCCUCCGCUUCUUGCGCAGUCCUCAGGAGAUGCUUCCCUCUCCCAAUGGAAGUCGAGUUGUUGGCAUCCGUCUGGCUGUCAUGAGGCUAGAGGGCUCUGAUGAGAAUGCCCAAGCAGUGCCCACAGGGGAAAUGGAGGAUGUGCCAUGUGGACUGGUGCUGAGCAGUGUGGGUUACAAGAGCCGUUCAAUUGACCCCACUGUGCCCUUUGAUCCCAAGCUUGGAGUUAUCCCCAACAGUGAGGGUCGUGUGUUGGGCGCACCAGGUCUAUACUGUAGUGGCUGGGUUAAACGAGGUCCCACAGGUGUCAUUGCCACCACCAUGAAUGACAGCUUCCUCACUGGCCAGGCCCUGCUCCAAGACCUUGAGGCGGGCGUUCUGCCCUUAGGCCCCAAGCUCGGCUACUCUGUCAUAGAACCCCUACUCAAAAAUCGAGGGGUCCAGCCUGUCUCCUUUAAGGACUGGGAGAAGCUGGAUGCAGAAGAGGUGGCUCAGGGCCAAGCAGUUGGGAAGCCCCGGGAAAAAUUGGUGGAUCCACAACAGAUGCUACAAAUAAUAAGACGUUGACUCUUUGACCUAGGCCCCAAAAUUUGGCCCAAAGUGUGACACAGCCAACUUCAGGGGUAGUAGUGAUCCAGGAUUAUGACCCGAUCUGGGCAGGAUCGGAGAAUAGGCAAGAAGGGACAGUGCCCUUGAGUUCUGUGCCAGCUGGACCUUGUCUACCCCCUCCCCCUUUCUCAGGGGUCCCUGGCCUGUGCCACUACCUCCAGUGUCCUUUUGAGCAAAUCCUCUGUCCUUCUCCCUCCCCGUUUGUUUGUUUGUUUGUUUGUUUUUAGCAUGUUAAGUUUUAGCCUUCAGCAUUUGGAUCACUUUAUGAUGGAGGGAAGGGGCAGGGCACAGAGAUCUGAACCCCCAGAAGCCUCAUCUUACAUCAAAGCAGAGCUUAGAACUCCUCUGCUGUCCUGACUCAUCCUCCAGAUGUGCCUUAAUGGGCUUAGGUACCAGGAGCCAAGGUGGAAGUAAAGAACUGGAAUAAAAGUAGAAAUAUAAACAA